AUGAAUUGGGAAGACCCCGACAGAGCCAAUGCUGUUAAGAUUUUUCAUCAGCAGUGUGACUUAUACUUCUCGGUCAAGAAUGUUGCGAUUGGAAAGCAAGUGGAUCAUGUUCUUUUGUUGGUGCCAUGUUCUGGUGCCACAAGUAUCAAGCUUUACAACUCGUGGGGUCUGGAAGGUGAAGAUAAGAAGAAUCCAACUGUUGUUUGGGAGAAGUUCGAGACACAACUGAGGCCAAGGGCAAAUUUCCGUGUAGCUAGGCUAUACCUUCAGAAAUAUGUACAGAAGGAGAGGGAAAGUGCAGAUGAUUAUAUCUCGCGCCUGAAGCUGCAGGCAUAUGACUGUGAAUUUCGUGAUGACACUGAGCUCCAAGAACGCAUCAUUGAGCAGUUCAUCACAGGCACUAGAUAUCCUGAGCUCCAGAAAGAUCUUCUAGGGAAGAGCAAGUCCCUCACUCUUACACAGAUGCUUGAGCUGAGUAGAACAUUUGAGGCAUCACUGAUGCACAUGGCUCAACUAGCUCAAGUGCAGACACAUAUUCAGCCUGCAUCGAUUGAUGUAGUUCGUCGGAAGACUAACACUAGUAGCAAGUGUCCUAAUUGUGGUGGAAAUCAUGCUCGCAGUCCACGGGAAGCAUGUCCGGCUUAUGGCACCAAGUCUCCAAGUACCCAGUGGUCUGGGAGAUUUCCAGCUUCAAGUACCCAGAAGUGGAAGCAGAAAGCUAAUUACGCUACGCCCCAUCGUGGAGGCAAGCAUGUGCACUCCAUCCACAGCACCAACAAUAUUGAGGCAGCAGCAGCGGUUCCACUACUGAAUGACGCAGUGGAUGUCCUGUCAUUCAAUCGAAUUAUUGUGUCAGGUAUCAGUGCUGUAGAGGUGGAUGACAGGGACGACCUAACAAUAGCGUAUGUGGAGGUCAGACGGGAUGAGAGAACCAUAAUGAAACUGCGUUCGAAGGUUGACUCCGGUGCGGAGGGCAACACACUUCCUCUUCGGAUGUUUCGUGGGAUGUAUCCUGGCCAUCUCACUAAAGAUGGAGUUCCUCACCCUCAAUCGGUGCAUAACUCAAGUGCACGGCUGUUCGCUUACAACGAAACCCCAGUGAUGCACUACGGUUCAGUGAGACUACCCUGUCGUUUCAACAACUCAACUUGGCUCUAUGCUACAUUCUACAUCGUAGAGUCCAGGGGUCCAGCGAUCAUUGGAUGUGACACAGGCUUGAAACUGAAGCUGCUUACUCUACACACACGCAUCAACGAGAUCAAGCAUUCAGCACAGAUAAGCUCUACUGAUGACCUAGUAAGGCAGUAUCCAGACCAGUUUGACAAAAUUGGCAACUUCCCAGGAGAAUAUCAUAUUGUUCUUGAUCCAGACGUUCAGCCUGUUGUCCAUGCUCCUAGACGGUGCCCAAUCCACCUACGAGAUGAACUGAAGCUUGAGUUUGAUGACAUAGAAGGUAAUGGCGUGAUCACUAAAGUCAUUGAGCCUUCAGCAUGGGUCAGCAGCAUCGCUGUUUCAAGGAAGUCGAAUGGCAAACUCCGUGUCUGCUUGGAUCCCAAGGAUCUCAACCGAGCUAUUCGACGUUGCCAUUAUCGCACUAUCACAUCAGAUGAGGUGAUACACAAGCUAUCAGGUGCUAGACACUUCAGCAAACUCGAUGCCAAGAACGGUUAUUGGUCUAUCAAGCUCGACCAUGACAGUUCACUUCUAACUACCUUCAACAGUCCCUUUGGACGGUACAGAUAUCUCAGGAUGCCUUUCGGUCUAGCAAUGUCUCAGGAUGUAUUCCAGCAGCGAAUGGACGAAAUCCUCAAAGGUUGCCCCGGCAAAAUAGGGAUCGCUGACGAUAUUGUUGUGUUCGGCAAGAGUGAAGCAGAGCACGAUCAGAAUCUGAACCACCUCAUGUUCAAAGCUGUGAAGUACGGUCUGCAGUUCAAUAGUGGCAAGUGCAGCAUAAAGGUCAACCAGAUUUCCUUCUUCGGUAUGAUCUACGAUGCAGAUGGCGUCCAUCCGGAUCCUCACAAGGUCGAGGCAAUCAAGUCAAUGUCUCCACCUGAGAACAAGACCCAGCUUCGUGAGUUCCUUGGUAUGAUAACUUACCUUAGCCCAUUCAUGCGAAAUCUUUCAGCCCAGACUGCAAGCCUACGUGGUCUUUUGAAGCAGGACGCUGAAUUCCAAUGGACUCCAACGCACCAGACUGCCUUCAAUGAUUUACGUGACAAGGUAUGUCACGAUGCAACUCGGGCGUAUUUCGAUGUUAACAAGCCUACGGUACUGCAGGUAGAUGCUUCUCUGCAGGGCUUGGGAGCGACUCUACUGCAGGAUGGAAAGGGUAUCGCGUUUGCAUCAAAGGCCCUCAGUGAUGCAGAGACGAGGUACGCCAACAUAGAGCGAGAGCUGCUUGCAGUGGUCUUCGGCUGUGAACGAUUCCACAUCUUCCUGUACGGGAAAAGUUUCAUAGUUGAGACGGACCACAAGCCCCUGGAGAUAAUCCAGCAUAAGCACCUGGAAGCAGCUCCACCUAGACUCCAGCGUAUGCUUCUUCGUCUACAGCCAUACAAGCUGACAAUUGUCUACAAGCCUGGUAAGGAUGUACCAGUAGCUAACUGCCUAUCCAGACGUCCUCUUGGUCCUCCAGAACACAUCCACCUUGACCUGCAAAUCAAAUUUGUACAGUUUGCUCCAGACCGUUUGAGUCAGUUGAAGGAGGAAACAGCCAACAUGGCUCUACUAUGUAUCUGUGCCACUCCCAUUGACAGACGCAUACCAAGCCCAGCUGAGCUUCUUUACGGGAGGAAGAUGAAGGACAACUUACCAACUCGAAUCCGCAACAACUCCCCUGGUCGUGAUGAUGUUAACCAUCGCAUGCAGCUUCGACAGCAGAGCCAGAAGUAUCAUCACGACAAAUCAGCCCAUGACCUAGCACCACUCUCACCUGGACAGCUUGUGAGAGUCCAAGACCAGACAUCACAUCACUGGAUAACAGCUACUGUUCGUGAGCAAUGCCAUGAGCCUAGGUCAUACCUCGUCGAGACGCCUAAUGGAAGGGUGCUACGCAGAAACCGGCAACACCUCGCUGAUAUUGAGCCCAGGCGUAUCCAUCAUGAUGAGGAGGUAACCAAGACACCUGAUCCUCCUACACACGAAGAGAUGACGCUUGAUCCAACGCCCGACAUCGGAGGUUCUCCUGCUCCAACCCCUGCCCCAAGCCCCAACCACCAGCAGACUACCCGCAGUGGCCGGGUGAUCAAAAAGCCGGAGAAAUUGACUUAUUGA